GAAUGGCACGGUCCGUGAGGCGGAGCAGGAAGUGGGUGUCAGCAGCAGGACGGUGCAGGACUUACAUGGUGGAAUUUGAACAUGUUCCACGUUCAUGUGCACCGAGCUGUAGGCACGUGAGGCGAGUUUGACGUGUGACCAGCUCACAGACACUUUCUGUCCUGACACCUCGCUCCUCGCUGCGAUGGAGACGUAACAGCUGGGCGUGUGUACACGGGCUGACCAGCGCACAGCGGCGUCACAGAAGAGACAGCUUUCACUUCAGCAUCACAGUCAGCUUCAGCUGUUUCUCCCACCCAUCAUAUAUUUAAAGUGGCUGUUCAAUGCCUAAUACAUCAGAUGUUCAAGGAGGGAACCUGUCUGGGCCAGAAGAGCCAUCAGGGCAGCAGAGGACAACUGAUGGGGAGGAGGGCCGCGGCCUGCUCAGCUCCCUGGCCCGGGACGCCGCCAGAGCGAGGAGGGCUUCCAGCGUCGAGCUCCACCUGCCAUGGACCUGCCCGGUCACACACUCCAGAGAAAAGUUCUACACAGUUUGCUCAGACUAUGCUCUCCUCAACCAGGCUGCUUCGGUGUAUUGUCCCCCGAGCACAGCCAUGGACGAUGUACAGAACAAGCAGGAUGAUGGGCCCACGCUGAUGAAGACCAAACCCUCAGUUGACUUCAGCUCUUGUGGGGCCCAUGUGGGAUCAGACGGGGACUAUGAAAUGGAGCAAGUGUCCUCUGGCAACACCAAACCUAUUCUGGCUUGGGAGAUCGACACAGUAGACUUCGAUGCCGUGCUUAUGAGAAAAAUAAGAACAAGCAAUGUGAAGAAAUGCAGCACCAAGAAGAUGAAGUCAUCAGACAGACCCAGCCGCAAUCUGCAAGACAUCCCUCCUCACGCCUCCAUGGAGGAGAUCAAACAGCGAAAAGUGCUCGACCUCAGAAGAUGGUAUUGCAUCAGUCGGCCCCAGUACAAGACUUCAUGUGGAAUCUCCUCUUUGGUGUCCGUUUGGAACUUUUUAUACAGCACUUUGGGUGCAGGAAGUCUCCCACCCAUCUCUCAGGAGGAGGCUCUGCAUAUUCUUGGCUUUCAGCCGCCUUUUGAAGAAAUAAAGUUUGGUCCUUUCACCGGAAACGCUACUCUAAUGCGGUGGUUCAGACAAAUCAACGAAAACUUCAGAAUGCGAGGUUGCUCCUACAUUCUGUACAAACCCCAUGGAAAACACAAGACUGCAGGAGAAACAGCGGAAGGAGCAUUGAUGAAGCUGACCCAAGGGCUGAAGGAUGAGUCCAUGGCCUACAUUUACCACUGUCAGAACCACUACUUCUGCCCUGUGGGCUUUGAAGCUACACCCCUCAAAGCAGCAAAAGCUUACAGGGGCCCUCAACCCACAAAUGAAAUGGAGCACUGGAUCCUCAUCGGAGAGCCCAGCAGGAAACACCCAGCUAUUCAUUGUAAAAAGUGGCUGGACAUUGUGACUGACCUCAACACACAGAACCCAGAAUACCUGGACAUUCGUCACACAGAGAGGGGGAUCCAGCAGCGCAAAACCAAAAAGGUGGGCGGCAACCUGCACUGCAUCAUGGCGUUCCAGAGGGUGAACUGGCAGAAGCUCGGCCCCUGGACAAUGAAUCUGGAGAACCUGCGCCACGACUUCCACCACUCCAGCACGGAGCGGGCCCACGGACACGCCUCAGAGGACACGGAGGAGAGGACGCCGAGUAAACGCCUGGCCCACCUGGGACGCUCGCACAGUAUGGGAAGUCAGAAAGACACCAGCUGGAAACGCCUGUCCAACACCACAGAGUACAGACGGAAGAGCUCCCCUGACAGCGACCUCCAAGAAGACAUCACGGACUGAAAAGGUUCAGCGGGACAUACAGGGGAGGACGAAAUAACAGACAUUAUAAAACAAUUCAGUAGCCUUAAUAUACAGUUACAGAAAAAGUCUGGAGUUGUUCUGUAUUUUAUCGUCAAUAUAUGACCAAAACAAUAUCAGUCCAUCGGUCUGUAUGUUCUGGCUUCUCUACCCUGUUUGUGGCACUUAUCUCCAAACCCAUAAGUUCAUACUGAAGAUGUAAAUCUUAAAAAAUGCACCACUAAUAUAUGGUUUCAAAACUUAAUGUCCUACCACAACUGGGCCUUGUAGUUUUUAAUCAAACUAUAUUUAAACAGAAGUAGAAGAAGAACAAUUUUUAAGCAGUGGAUUAAUACAGUUAAUGCUUUUGCGGGUAUCCCCCCCCCCCCAGCAUAAUGGCAAAAUAAACGACACUGUAUAUGUUCAUUAUAAUGAAUUAACGUUUGACAUAUCUGAGCAAUAAUAGAGUUCUGUGUACAGAGGCAUGAGCUCUGGAUACACAAGCAUUUCUUUUAAUAUUAACUUUAGAUUUAGAUUCAACUCAACUGUCAGUUUGAGGCUGUAACAUAAUUUGCAUUGAAUUUAAUAUUCUGUGGAAGGUAGUGUUGGUGAGGGGCUGUAAACUUGGAGCUGAUGCACCAGCAACCAUAUACAAGUCACAGUUACACAAUCAGCUACACACGUGAGCUAUUACUGUCUGACUUUCGAGGGCGGAGGAAGACCUUGCAGGCCCAUGGAGGACAGAUGGUUGCUGUCUGGAUUGCUUGAGCAUCAGUUUCAAAUAGUGCAGUCUUUCUUUAAAAUCCUUGUGACACAUUGCAAACAGAAGAAUACUUCACUGUUAAAGAGAGACAGUAGAUAUCUCCUGAACCAAACAUUGAACCCUUAAAAAUGAAGAUCAGUGAAUCAACACUUCUACAGCACUGGAAGGUGUUUCUUUUAUUUUGUCCACCCGUGUAUUUACAUUCCCAUGUGACAGUUACACUACAGGAUUAUUUUAAUUUUAUCAAACCCAUUUCUUUGUGUUUAGUUAUGUUUCUAUCACAUCGUCUGUACCUCACCGCUUGGAUACUGUAUUAGAGUACAUUAUAUUCAACUCAUGCUGUCUUAGGAAACAUGGCAAUGACAUAUUUUGCUGUAAAUUCAGAUCAAAGAUCAUCCCUCCAUAUUCCAUAGUAGAGGUACAGUGAGUGGGCUUGUUUUGUGCCUGACGUACAGUGGUUAGUUCAGUGGAAAUGCCAUCCAGUCCCAAGUGUUGUUCAAGCAGCUGUUGUGCUUAGUGAAACCUUCAGUGAGACAGUUGCAUAGACCCUUCCAGUUUUUAAAAGACAGGAUCUGUACAGAAGUGAUGGUGGAAUCCUUCACGGACUCUAAAACAAAAUGUGAACGACUACAUGGUUUGAUUUUUUCUGUUUAUGUACAGAUUUAAUUUAUUCUUACACUUUUACCAAGAAGGUCUUUGUCUUUGACUUUGACCCAAUACGGAUGUCAUCGUGUACCCACAUGGUUUUGAUGUAGUGGUAUAUUUAAUUUAUUUUACAAUAAAUUAAGAUUUUUACAAACUCCCA